AUGGAUUCAUACGCAAACCCUCAUGUUGUCCACCGAGACAUCAAAUCCAGCAAUGUGCUUUUGUUUGAUGAUGAUGUUGCCAAGAUUUAUGAUUUCGAUCUCUCCAACCAAGACCCUGACAUGGCUGCACGCCUUCACUCAACUCAUGUGCUGGAAACCUUUGGUUAUCAUGCUCCAGAGUAA